CUCAACCAGAACCUGAACGACAUCAUGACCAAACUGGAGGAGCAGCGGGAGAUAAAAAAAGGAGGCAGUGAAGCAGCAACGACAGAAGAGAGUGCCAAGAGCGAGGAAGCAACCACAGUGAAGCGGCCAGCCCACCACCCAAAGGUAGACACAUCUUCUAGAUGA